AUGUUUUAUCACAACGGCAGCAUUUUCCACCCAACCAUAUUUUUCCUCUCUGGGAUUCCAGGUCUGGAAGGAAUCCACACCUGGAUCUCCCUGCCAUUAUGCACUGCUUAUCUUAUGGCUUUGUUGGGCAAUGCCACAAUCCUCAUAGUGAUCAAGACAGAGAAGACCCUCCGAGAUCCUAUGUUCUACUUUCUGGCUAUUCUGUCAACAAUUGAUUUGGCACUUUCUACAGCCUCGGUGCCCCGCAUGCUUGGCAUCUUCUGGCUGGAUGCUCAUGAAAUUAACUUUGGAGCUUGUGUGACCCAGAUGUUUUUGAUCCAUGCCUUCACUGGCAUGGAAGCUGAGGUCCUAGUGGCCAUGGCCUUUGACCGUUAUGUGGCCAUCUGUGCUCCAUUGCACUACACAACCAUCCUGACAGCCCGUGUGCUGCUAGGCAUCACUAUAUGCAUUGUAUUCCGUCCAAUUUUGUUCACACUGCCUAUGGUCUAUUUAGUCUGCCGCCUAUCCUUUUGCCGGACCUAUAUAAUACCCCAUUCCUACUGUGAGCACAUGGGCAUUGCAAAAUUAUCCUGUGGGAGUAUCCGUGUCAAUGUCAUCUAUGGGCUUUUUGUGGUCUCUCUUUUUCUUCUGAACUUACUCCUUAUUGGCAUCUCCUAUGUAUACAUACUCCGGGCUGUCUUCCGGCUCCCAUCCCAAGAUGCACGGGUGAAAGCUCUAAGUACCUGUGGCUCUCAUGUUGGGGUCCUCUGUGUUUUCUACAUCCCCUCAGUCUUCUCUUUUCUUACUCACCGAUUUGGACACAAGAUACCACGCUACAUUCACAUUCUUAUUGCUAACCUCUAUUUGGUUAUUCCACCAUCACUUAACCCCAUCAUUUAUGGUGUGAGGACUAAACAGAUAAGAGAGCGAGUACUCCGUGUCUUUUUUAAAAAUUAA